UCGCGUCGAGCUGAUCAGGCGUGAACUCGACUCAUUUUCUUGGAGACUUGUUCAAACUUGAUUGUAAUUUGUAACAUUUCAUCUCAAUUCUCAAUAUUAUUCUCCCCCGAGCUCCUCAGUCUUCGGGUGUUGGGGACUUCAAUGCAUUUCGUUGUAACAAAAAUUACAUAUGUAAUUAAAUAAUUAAUAGAUAAUGGGAAAUAGGUCAAGUAAAAAGAAAAGUGCACCGUCAACGUCACGUCGACGAGGUGGUUCUCCGCCACCGUCAACUUCACACCCCGAAAAUUCUCAGUCAACAGCAAGCGCUUAUUUGGACAAUUUGGAUUUUUCUGAAAUUACAAAGAAAUUUGAAUGCUGCGUUUGUCGUAUCAUCAUAUUCGGUGAAAUUGUGAAGUGUGAACGUGGUCACAAUUUUUGCCCUUCGCAUUCAAGUUUGUUGGCAAACUGUCCAAGUUGUCCGGUGUCUCAAUCAAUGAGCGACGAUCUUCCACCACCAUCAGAAAAUCUGUCAUCAUCUAAAACGUCAGCAAACUCGGUUCCUCCCAAUUCAUCCCCUGCCAACAGCGGAAAAUCAUCAACUUCAACCCCGGACAAAUCGUCAGAAAAUUCUUCACAUAAUUAUUCACCUGCUAACUCAGCCACUGAAAAUUCAGAAGACGAAGAAGAUAUGUCAUCGGAAAAUACACCCCCACGAUCUCCAACUUGGUCCUCAACUUCUGAAGAUGAAGAUGUUGAAAUGGAGGAACCUACCCUAUGCCAAUACGAAGGGGACGGGUGCCCUUAUCGCGGUAGGUGUCAACACAUUACGGAACAAGAACACGAACCAAAUUGUGAAUACCGUCAAAUGUUAUGCUGCCUUAAGAACACGGACAUUUGUUCAAACUCCAAAAUUCUGUUCCGAGAAUACAUCAACCAUUUGAGGAGCACCCAUCACGUUAAAGCAGUCAACGAAUGUGAACAUGUCCUCAAAUAUUUUGUUGUGCCAGGACGAAAAUUUGUACCAGAGGGAGCCUUGAGUACCUUCAUCAUGGAAGCUUUUGAUGAAGAAUUUAUUGUGAGAGUGGAAGAAUUGGGGGACGAAGACAAAAAAGUAUUCAUUUGGGUCAUGUUCCAUGGACGAUGGGAAGACGGCUACAAAUUUAAAGCUAAAAUUCAACUUUGCAAUUCAGAUCGUGCCACUGAAGACACUGACGACGAAGAAGAGGAUGAUUUUUCCUUCGUCGGGAAGGUUCGAGACACUACGAGUUUUAGUUGGGAACGGAAUGAAAGCACCAGUCUCGUUCUCGAGUUGAAUACUAUUCGGAAAAAUUUGACAACUGAGGUCAAAUAUGGGCGUUCUCAGGUUACGUACUGGUCAGUGAAGGUUACCAUUACCAGAAGGGAUGAAGAUGAGGAAAGCGACACGGAUAGAGACAGGGAUAACACUGACGACAGCGAUAUGUAUGAAGAUAUCGACGAUAGCGACAGCGAUGACCUUCUGGAUGACUAAUAAAAUUAUGUGCCAUAAUAUUUAAAACUCGAUAACGUAUAGAUAUUAAGCUAUUAAUUAUUUAGGUAUACAUUGUAGCCUACCUGCCAAUUUCUACAAUUUUAUGUGACAAUGUUUAUCAGGUUAUUAUUAGUAGGUCCGAAAGAUAAAGAUCAACAGGACAUGGAAUUAGCAUUUGUAAUUGUAAAUAUGUUUGACUACCUACUUUAUUAUCUGCAACAUUACACGUCAUUCUUUAUUUUAUAACUCUUUUUUACAGUAUUUUAUAUUGAAUGCAAGUACAUAUAUAUAAUAAACCCAUGAAGUACGUACAUAUUGCAUAGUAAA